AUGGCCACCUCCGCCGCUGCCAAUGAAAUAGCAGCGCUUCGUAAUGCACUCCGUAACUGCCGCUGGAUGAGGGAACAACUGGCCAAUGUUGGAGGUACUCUCGACCAUAAGCUUUUUUCAACGUCGGGUGAGAUUCCGGACGCCACUAUCGAGGGUGUACGUGCGGGUAUCGGUUUCCAACUCCAGUCGCUCGUCCAAAACAUCCGUGCAGUCAAAGAGCAGCAUCCUAUUGCCCAGGCGCACCCGAACAUCCAUUACAAGCUCAAAGACCAGAUCUCUCGCCGCAAUUGGCUGGCCCACGAGUACGGUACAACGUUUCCCGUCAGGUGGCAGGACGUGGCAGAUAGUAUUUUCAACGACGUGCCUGUCAUUGAGUCUGCUAUCAUAGCUGCUCUUAAAGCUAACGGCGUAGUGGAUCCAUGA